UUUUCGAUCUGUGGCCGUGCCCUGUUAAUUAAAAUUAAUUGUUUUUCUUGUUUGUUUCGAACGAGUUGAGUUCUCAGAAUAUCCGUGAUAUUUCUUAAAAGUGAUUAUUACUGUUAACCAUAUUGAUUUAACAGUUCUUAGCUGUGUGCAAAUUAUGUUAUUACUGACAUUCUAAUACUCAUAUAGAUUUUAUAGUUCAAAGUGCGUAAUUUGUAUCAAAGUUCAGUGAUAUAUUAUAAAAAUGUCUCUAGAAGAUAAAUUCAAUGCAGCUGUUAAUGUUAUUAGGAGUUUACCGAAGAGUGGCUCCUACCAGCCCAGCAAUGAGAUGAUGCUGAAGUUCUACAGCUACUUCAAGCAGGCCACAGAGGGACCAUGCAAUAAAGCCAAACCCGGCUUCUGGGAUGUAGUCAACAGAGCGAAAUGGGAGGCGUGGUCGAAGCUGGGCGACAUGUCACCCGAGAUCGCCAUGCAGUCCUAUGUCGACGAGUUACACAAGAUCGUGGAGACGAUGUCGUACAAUUCUGACGUGGCGUCGUUCCUGUCGGUGUCGGACGACGGCCCCAGCUUCAACGCCGACCUCGAGCUGGUGGCCGGUGACGUGCUCGCGCGCUGCCGGUCCAACUCCAACUCGCCUAUAUGCUCCCGGUCGGUGAGCGGCGCGUCGUCGCCGAUGCGCAGCGCGUCGCCGCCUCGCACCCGACACGACUCCGACGACGAGUUCAUCGACACCGUCGACGUCGACGUCAGCGUCAUGCCCAGGCAGGUGGAGGAGCGUCCCCUGCAGCCGCAGACGGCGCCCCGCCUGAGCAACGGCCACGCCCACCAGAUCACCUCACAGCUCACACAUCUGAAGGUGCUGGAGCAGCUGCCGGGCACGCUGGCGCGGCUGGAGGCGGACGUGGCGGCGCUGCGCAAGGCCGUCGAGGGCGACCGCCGGAUACUCGACCAAGUGUCGCGGGGCUGGCGCUGGCCGUGGCAGGAGCUGAGCGCGCCGACGCUGGCGCUGGUGCUGCUGUGGCCGUUCGUCGCGUACCGCCUCGCCGCGCGCAUGCAGCGACGACAGGCGCACUGAUCGGGUUUCUUCAACAUCAUUGGACUUCGUCAGUACAUCUUCGUGUAACCAAAAUGUAAUGACAACAUUUUUCAUUGUACUGUCAUAGCGGAAACUAUAUUAUGUAUACUUGUACUAAAUGUGUAAACCAAUGUAACAAUACUACGAAUAAUAUAAACUUAGGAAGAGUACCUAACUGUGUU